AUGGCACCGUCUCUGACAUCGACGCUCAGCUUGCUGAGCUGGUGCGUGUUCAUGAUCCCCAUCAGUGGGCACACGCUUAUGCAGCACCCAAUACCCUUCGCUAGUCAACUUGGUGGCGAUGGGCGUGGCAUCAAUGACAAUGGACCGAUGAAGAGCGACGGUUCCAACUGGCCCUGCAACGGCGAGAAGGACUUUGAUCCCAAGGGGGUAAUGAACAUCUGGGAACGUGGCUCCACACAGUAUUUGCAGGCAAUGGGUGGAGCAAGCCACGGUGGUGGCUCUUGUCAAAUCUCCAUUACCUUGGACCUCAAGCCCACCGUCUACAGCGAAUGGAGAGUGAUCCAUUCGAUCCACGGCGGUUGCCCCAUCAGAAACUUGACCGAGGUCAACUACGGUAACUCAGAAACGACUCUCUUACCGAGUAUCUACAACUUUACCAUCCCAGACUGGGUGCCUGUCGGGCAAGCCGUGAUGGCGUGGACGUGGUACGGCCGUUGGAGCGUACCAGAGAUGUUUAUGAACUGUGCUCCGAUCAUGGUCUUGGGGGGGCCGACAAGUAAGGAUGUCUUUGAUGAAACGCUGCGUGAGAAGUUCAAUACUGCUCCUCUGAUGUUUGAGGCGAAUAAUGGGAAUGGGUGUUGGACCGCGAACAAAGGCAGCUGUAUUGAAUUCCCCGAGCCGGGAGGCUCUCUGGAAGUGAAUCCGGAAUGUCCUUUCGACCCGGAGAUGAUGUUCACUGGGACUUGUGGUCCAUCGCACAGGUUGGCGAUGAUGUACUCAUCCGGCAUGCCGAAUGAGCACAGAAUGCUCGCAGGCUUUGUGGUAGCCGUGUCUGUGCUUCUUCUCAUUUCCGUGGUCAAAGUAUUCAGAGACAGGCGAGGUCUGGGAGAAAUUCAAGGGUAUAAAAAAGUGGUCCAUGCUUGA